GAUGAUGAAGCUCACAUUCUCUCAUCAUCAUCAUUACCACCAUAUGAACAUGAAGAUGAAAUUCAUGUUGUCUCGCCGCAGUCAUCACAUGAUCAAGAAGAUGAAUAUUAUGUUCUUUCACGGUCACCGCUGCAUCACCAAGAUGAAAUUCAUGCCGCGCCUUUGUCAUCAUAUGAUCAAAUAGAUAAAGUUUAUGAUCUUUCGCUCUUGUCACAUGAUUAUGUAAUUUUAAUUCUAUUCCGAGGUUUUUAUGUUCUUUACUAG